AUGCCUUCUACAAGCAAUAUGGGCAGCUCAUCCGGGUCAAGAAGCACUACUAGUACUAGUUCCCUCCAAAACAAACAUAGCAUUUCUGAGUCAUCACCUCCCACAUCUGAGGCACCUGAUAGCUCUCCCAUUUUGAAGUUUUCCAUAAGGGCUGGUAACUCCCCAGUCAUGGUGACCCCCAAUAAACCUAGAGUACUACCUUCUGUUGCAUCACCCCCACUCACAUCUGUGGUGCCUACUAGCUCCCCCAUUCUGAGGGGUAGCUCCCCCAUUCUGAAGAGUAGCUCUCCCAUCCCAAAGGAUAACUCACUCAUCCCAACUCAGAAGAGUAGCUCACCCAUUCUGAAGAAUAACCUGCCAGUGAAAAGUGGCUCCCCCGUCUCAAGGGGUAGCUCCCUUACCACAGAUGCUCUAUUGACUACAGGCAACCAGCAUGGUUCUCUCAAGCGGACACACCAGUAUACUUUACUUGAGGAUGAUGGACUUGAGGAUGGUGAGGGCUUUCCUAUAAAGAAAUCCAAGACAUUGCUCACAACAAUCCCUGAGCCCGAUACUGCCAGCAUGAUGCCUGGUGGUACAAUUAUGAAAUUUGAUUUAUUGCUGUAUUUUUCUGGGGUUGCUUCCACUGGUGAACGCAACUUGAGCUUACUACAUACUAGUACUAGCCUUAUGCCUCUGAGUCGUAGCCAGAGUGGUCGUGGACGCACUGGCAGUCAUGGUAGUGCAUCCAGGGUGCAACCCAUUGGAGAUGAGUCUGGAGCCUUGCAACCUUCACAACAUGAAGAUCUGAGUCAUUGGCUGCAACCUUAUUUGAUAUCCUCACACACCCCGAGCUAUCAGUCAUCCUCCAGGGCAUCAGUCAGUACGAUGUCACUAGAUGAUGAUGAUGGUUUGCAACAUGCAAGGCGCCUCCCAAGACAUACAAACUCUGCCAAUGCCAAAGCAAUAGGGUUUUACGAUGUUCAGGACAAGGCCAAUAUCUACCAGGCACGCAAGCUUCUCGUGAUCAACAUGAUACUCAAGACUGGUUGGGCACAAAAUCGUGAGAAACUGGAGACUGAAGGCAUUACUCAGGAGUGCAUUUCUCAAGCAUGUGCAGCGACUAAGCAUGUUACUGUGCCCACAGAUGGGGUCAUGUCCCUCGUCUUCGAUGAACUUGCCAACAUACAAGGGAAGUUAGUUCUAGCUGCUGAAGGGUGCCUUCCUGACCUUGGCAUUGACCCUAAAGAGAUGACCAACAAAGCCUUACAACAUUGUGUGACUAUCAUUCUAGAUGAAACCAAUCUCCAUGAAUAUUUCCUCAAUGGCUGGGAUCUGGUAUGGGGGAAGGUACUCGUGUUUUCAUCUCCAGCAUUUUUUCAGCUUCACCACGAGUUUUGGUUUGGAUGUAAUUCGCCCUUCCUCGACCCAAAGUGGGAGGCAUUGGUUUUACCCCUCUCAUGGCAUAUGUAUGGGCUAAUGGGCGCUGCAUUGUUAUGUGUUAUCCGGUGUGCCACGGAAAGUCGACUAUCGGGAGUCAAGAAUGUCCUCCAAUUCACCACAGAGGAGUUCUGCCCAUUUGCAUUGGAAGUCCAGAAAGCAAUGAAGAAUUAUGAAACCCAUCCUGAGCUCGACGAUGGUGAAUUCAUGCCCCACAUGAAUGCCCACCAUGAUGAAUGCCUGUAA